AUGGCGCCCGCACAGCCCGAGCUGAAGAAGGUACGGAGGCCCAUUUUCCUCACGGACAUUCCCGAGUCUCCGGACUUGUACGAUUACCUCGACAAGAGACUUUUCGUCCAAUUGAACGGCAGCCGCAAGGUUAUCGGUGUUCUCCGAGGCUACGAUGUCUUCCUGAAUAUUGUUCUGGACGAGGCGGUCGAGGAGAAGGAGGGCGGCGAGAAGGUCAGGCUAGGCAUGGUCGUCAUCCGCGGCAACUCAGUCGUCAUGCUGGAGGCGCUGGAGAGAAUUGGCGGCGACGACCGCCAGCAGAGAGGCUAG